AUGGCCAAGGAUGCAAAUGAGCAGGAUGAAAAUGAGAACCUGGGUGGGAUUGACAACGCCUUGGGACGUAAAAUAAACUUUGCUGUUGGGGAUAUAAAGGCAGAAGUACUUACAGCCAAGGAGAAUAAACGGAUAGUGGAGGUAACUGAAUUUUCCCCUCUAUCACAAGCAACUGAAGAGUCAAAGGCAGUCGAAGAUGCAAACAGCCUGGAGGAACAGAAUUGUGAAAUUGCUGGCUUUGCUCAAGGUUUCACUGGACUUGAUAGGAUUAAGAAGCAAACUGCUGAUGUAACUGGGGCUCUUCGUAUUGGUGAAAAUGGGAUAUAUUUUGGUGAAAAUAACAUUAACUUUGAAAACAAGCAAAAUGAGCAUCCCGUGACAGAAUACAAGAGCAUGUCCAAUCAGGAAAAAUGUGAUGAAGAAGCAACUGAUGAAUUGGAUGAUAAUGAUGAUGUUGAUAUCUGUGAACCUGAAGUUGGCACUAAUAAUGAAGAAAGUGAGAAGAGUUCAAUAUCUUCUCACAAUGAAAGAUGGUCCAGUGACGAGACAGAAUCACUUCAUGAUCCAGAGUGUUGUGUUGAAGAAGCUGCUUGUGAAUUAGGAGAAAAUAAUGACGACAUCAAGGAGUCUGAAGUUACAGCGAAUCAUGAAAAAGGUGACGAGACAGAAUCACUUCAUGAUCCAGAGUGUUGUGUUGAAGAAGCUGCUUGUGAAUUAGGAGAAAAUAAUGACGACAUCAAGGAGUCUGAAGUUACAGUGAAUCAUGAAAAAGAUGAGAAUUCUUUUGAAUCAUCUCAAGAAGAUAGAUGGGUAGAUAGUGAUACUGAUACCGAAGCAAUUCAGCAACCUUGUAAAUUUGAAGAGCAAGGGAAGACCACAGAUAUAUCCGUGGAAGAGGAAUUGAGCCAAAGCACCAGCAAGAAAGAGGAGAAUCAUCACAACAAUGUAGCAAUGGAAGAGAAGGAAGCUGAAGAUUAUUUGCUAAGGGAGGUGGAGGUGGAAAAGGAACACUUUAGGAAAAAGGAAGUGAAAGAGAGGGAAAUAGAAAGAGAAAAGGAGAGAAUAGUUGUUGAAAGGGCAAUACGAGAAGCUCGGGAAAGGGCUUUUGCAGAAGCCCGAGAAAGGGCAGAAAGAACUGCUGUUGAGAGAGCAGCUGCAGAAGCUCAUCAAAGGUUAAAGGCUGGGGUCCGAGAAAGGCUAGAGAAGGCUCCUCCAGAACCUAAUAAUAAGUUGGCUGCUGAAAAGGCCUCUAUGGAAGCCAAACUAAAAGCUGAACGUGCUGCCGUAGAGAGAGCAACUGCAGAGGCUCGGCAGCGUGCCCUAGAUAAAGCAUUAACUGAGAAGGCUGCUUCUAAGACAAGAAAUCAGGCUGAAAAGUCUGCAGCUGAGAGAUUUUCAAGCGUUUCAAAAGCUAAUGGGAUGAAUUCCAGAGAUAAACAAUACAACGAGCCAGAAGGAGUUAACGGAGGUAAUGGUGAAUCAGCUCAGAGUAAAGCCACGAUGGAAAGACAUCAAAGAACAGCAGAGCGUGCGGCAAAAGCUCUCGCUGAGAAGAAUAUGCGCGAUCUUCUUGCUCAGAAAGAGCAGGCAGAGAGAAAUAGGCUGGCAGAAACUUUGGAUGCUGAUGUCAAGAGAUGGUCGAGUGGGAAAGAGAGGAACUUGCGUGCUCUGCUUUCAACACUGCAAUAUAUCCUUGGCCCUGAUAGUGGCUGGCAGCCAAUUCCUCUGACUGACCUUGUAUCAAGCACUGGUGUGAAAAAAGCUUACCGAAAGGCCACUCUAUUUGUUCAUCCUGACAAGUUGCAGCAACGAGGUGCAAGCAUACAACAGAAAUACACUUGUGAGAAGGUUUUUGAUCUUCUGAAGGAUGCUUGGAACAAAUUUGGUGCAGAAGAACGGUAG